AUGCCUCAAAUCGACGCCAUCAAAUUCUCAAACUACACGGCUCUCUAUCUCUUCAUCUACUCUCUAUUCCUAGCCACAUAUCUCGUCAGCAACCUCCUCUCCAUCCUAUUCUUCCAAUACACCCUAGAAGACUACAAACUACUCGGAGAGACCGUUCUCACUGAAUUAUUGAUUUUCGGGGCGAUUAGUCUGCUGAGAGUCGGCGUCCGAUGGAUUCAUAGAAUUCUGAAAGUUGAUCAGUUGGAGAGAUGGCGAAACGAGAUAUUGAUUGGGCUGGUGGGCGUGGCCACGUGUGGAAUUGUGCCGAGAGUUGCCGUGCAUUUUGUGGAGAUUCGGGCGUGGACAAUCUACUACUCCCUAAUUGUCUUCACCACCUCAGCCAUCCUCUUCGGCAUCACAUUCCUCUGCAACACGGAUUCCGAGUGCCAAUUCAUGUACUCUCUCCGUGACAAAACCUCAUGGACCAUUAUCAUCAUCCAUACCGUAAUCCUCGCCGCUACAGUAUACUUUGGCAUCCACGUGUCACCCGACUGGAAAACAUCUACAGUAAUCGCCCUGUGCCACGUUUCGUUUUCAGCAAUGUGUGCAGUGAGUACUGUAGAGAUUGGGAUGAUUUUGCGCGGUGCGUUUCGACUUCGAUUGGAUGAAAAGGUGGUUGUACACAAAUCGGAGACGGUACCUCAGAUGGUGGCACCCAAAAUUACUAUGUUUAAUUAUUCUAUUUGA